AUGGCUAACAAUAACUCAACCUACAGAGGUCUCAAGGUCAGUCUCUUCCCCUCAUUUGCAAGCACAGGGUUCCUCGUGGAAACAUCCCCAUCAAAACAAUCGCUUUACUUGUUCAACCCGUUCACCAAUCCAACGCAAGCACUGACGAUUAGCAAACACACACAGUUCGUCCAAUACGACGAGAAAGAGCACGAGAAGCUCUUCAAGCAACUCAUGGCCGAUGACGAAAAGAAGGCCAAGGAGCGCAGACUCGAAGGCAAAGACCUGAUCGCCAUCCUCAUCACCUCCCGCGAAGAAGCCUUCUCCGAGCUCGCCCACUUCCAAAUCCGCACCAACAAGGUUGCCUUAGCCAACAAGCGCGAAGUCGACAUCCUCCGCAUCAAGAUUUCCCAAGCCUACGAUAUGGCGCACUUGAGCUACGCCCAGGCGCAGGAGUACUACAAUCACAUGGAAAACUACCGAAAGGAAAGCGAGCGCAAGGACGCCGUCAUUCAGCAGUCGCAGCAUGAGUUGGUGACUGUGCAGGCGCAACUCUAUCAGAAGACACAGGAGGUAGCGGACCAGCAGAGUCAGUUGGAUGAUGCUGUGGCCAAGAACAUGGAGCUUCUUGCUCAGUUGGAGGAUGUUCGCAAAAAGGUUGACAGAAUUGUAAGAGCUUCGGGCGUUUUAUCACCUUCUCCGUCGAUUAGUUAUGAUCAGGAGCGCAGCAUGACGGAUACUUUGAUCAGUCAAGGUGACCUAUAUGAUGGUCUCUAA